AAUAUGGCGCUGUCAUAUCGGAUAAGAAUAUUUCUAAUACAAGUUUUAUUUAUAUCCAUCAUUGAUCAAGUUCUGUCGGAUAGGACGAGCCUAAAGAUAUAUCAGCCCAUCCAGGCCGAUUUCUACUGUUUCCGAAGACUUAACGGAACACACGAAUUCGGAUGUUCGUCUGAGAGGAGCGGGAACGUCGGCGUAAUUCACGUGGUGUCGACCGAAGAGGAUGUCCAAUUCAUCCUGGAUGAUGACAGCGGCAUCAAAUAUGUCGCUGCUCUUCGCUCGGAUUUCUUCAACAUGGGUAACAUGACAAAGCUCCAAGACUCCGGCCGAGUUACCGGUGUGAUUGUGCUAAGAAGCGGGCAAAACCUCCCAAGUGAAGGGUUUUCGCCGGACAGCACGUGUCCAAAUGAUGGCUUUGGCCUGUACAGAGACCAUAACCAGUACUCUAGCUGCAAGAAGGUCUCCUGGAAUGCCAAGAAUCCGGGGACAGAUAUGUUUUUCACUCGCUGGAACUUUCCCAUCUUCUUAGUGGAUAACGAGACAAGUAUUGAUAUCAUCGUCAAUAAGUGUUUCAACGAGCACAACCUGCCCGACAAAGGCUCGCACGAGCGCAAAUGGCCCCUUUGUGCAGCCCAGUUGAGAAGCAGGAUGAGCGCUGCCAAAGACAGCGUGACCUGCAUCAGGCGGAGUGAGAACUUGGUCACCAUGAACCCUCUGCGCUACUGCGAUCCUCUCACAGAUAGAAAUGUCAUCUCUACACUCUACGCCACAACCACUGAAAAGGCUGUGAGCAACCGUUCUGUGGUGGUCGUGGGUGCAAGGCUUGACACAUUCUCGAUGUUUGAUGGCCUCGCACCCGGCGCUGACUCGUCAGUCUCCGGCUUCGUCACGUUGCUCAUAGCAGCCCAGAUGCUUAACCAGCUGAAGGUGGCCCAGAAACCAGAGUUUGAGAAGAAUAAUGUCCUCUUUGUCAUGUUUAACGGAGAAGCCUUCGAUUACAUUGGCUCUAGUCGAAUUGUGUACGACAUGGAGAAGGGCCAGUUCCCCCUCGUCGGACGGCCAGCAUCAGCCAAGGCGCAGCCGGGGAAUCUAGCCCUGCAGCACAUCUCUCACUUUGUAGAGCUUAGCCAAGUGGCACCACUUGGAAAUUCGAGCACUGUUUACUUACACACCGAUCCUGUCUCGACAGCUUCUGCUGAAGUCAACCGGACGGUGAACAACCUGGUUGAGCAGAUCAUGAAAGCAGCCCAAGCCCAACCUCUGGAGCUCAGUGUAGAAGCAUCGCCUCACGAGCAGCCAUUACCUCCGUCAUCAGUACAGCGCUUCUUGAAGAAGGACAAGAACAUUGCCACUGUGGUCAUCUCCAACCACGACAAGCAGUUCCUGAACAGGUACUACAACAGCUACCUCGACAGCUGGGAAAACCUGAACUCUACAGGAUUGGACUUGCAGGCAGUGGCCAUACACUUGACCAAACUGGCUGCAGCUGUGGCUUCUGCUGUCUUCAAGGUCACCACAGGCGAAGAUGCCAAGGGCCUCGCCUUGGACAAGUUCAGAACGAUGGAACUUCUGGAGUGUUACAUUCUGAACGCUUCAUGUGCCCUGUUUGGAGAAGUGACAAACAAAGCCUCUGUGUCAGCACUGAGAAGCAAACCCUUCCCCUUGUACGUAAGUGUGGAUCCGAAUGGCCGCACAAUCAAUCCGUCCACUGUCCUGACCCGGCUGGUCAUGGCCUACCUCACGGGUGAACACCUCAAGAAGGUCACCAAGGAAAACUGCACUUCACUUGCUGAUGCAGACAGGCUUCACCAGUACAGUUGGAUGGAUGGCCCAGAAGGGAAUGAAACGGGAUUGUGUGUGCGAUCUACCACGAUGAUGACGCUGGCACGUUCUCCAGCACACGAACUCAAAGACUGGAGCACGCGGGAGUACUCGACGUGGACCGAGAGCGUGUGGGAAGAGGCAUCGCUGCAGGUGUUCCUCAUGCCCAGCUUGCGGCAAGAGGUGUCUGUUCUCAUCGGAGGCAUCGCCGUGUUCCUCAUCUCCCUGCUCACCGUGCACUGUGUGAACCAGCAGGCCCUGGUGCUGUUCACACCACGCGCACUGGUGGGCAUCUAGGGAAACGACACAAAUCACAUUGCUUUGGCCGACUGGACGAGCCACCAGACAGGCGAUGAUAGUGGCCGACUGCCACCCCCCGCUGAGGUAUAGAGGCAUGCAACCACCCAGGGACAGCUGUUAACUAUACACCCUCUUCUUGUUUUUGUUCAUAAAGUUUGUUAACCGCCCUUCUCUACUUCAUAGUUUUUGUGGCGUGGUGCUGUUCUGACUCAGAAGUCAUUUUCUGUGAGAGGAUUACCUCACGUCACUCUGCAUAAGACUGUGAAAACUCUUCAGGGAAGUUGUCAUUGUUUUAAACCUUUUCGCGGUAGACAUUCUCUUUGUUUAUGGGCCUGUUUUUGUUUUUGUGUUCAAAGGAAAGAUGCAUCGAAGCUUGGAUGCAAGACAAACUAGAAGAACAACAAAAGUGCCUGCUAAUAUUGCUGGGAAAGUCGCGGCCCUGUGUAAUCUUCGAAUUAAGUCUUUCUCUGUGUUGUCCCCUCUUAGUUCCUCUUUUGUACAUGUUUUGUAUCAACACUUUUUCAGAACAUGAAUGCCUAUUGACUUUCUUCACUUUUUAACAUCACAGCGCUGUUAGCAGCAUGUUAGGAUUCAUUUAUGUUCAGCUGAUCUGAAUAGCUUUGUGUUAGAAAGGAAGUUUUUCUGCAGUUUCUGCUUGCAUAAGUCCGGAGCAUAUGCCAAAAAAGCAUAUAUGUAGUACACAGAGGGUCGAGAUGCGUCAAGUUGAUGAAUAAUUCUUGCAGCCAAAGUCACAGUAUUACAGCACGGCCAUGUGGGAUGGUGCAGAUUUGACAAGUUGUUCAGUUACUUGCAGUUACAAUGCAGUUAAGAAAACGUAAUAUAACUGUAGCCAUUCUGCUAUGGGUUAUUUAGAUAAAAGUGUGUCAGGUCCAUGUAUUAAAUCAAAAUUUUAUUUUUGUUAUCAUUGUACUGAGAUUCCCAGGAAACUAGCAAACAGUUAUUAUAGUUGCAUGUUAAUGAAGAAACUCAAAGCACAAGAAGUAAAGUCUCAUAUUUUGGGACUUGCUUCGUAUUGAUUAUAAGGCUACGAUGAUCACUUAUACAGGAGAACGUUCAGUGUUCAUUAGCCUGCUUGUCUCCUAGAUUGCCUAUGUUGUUUCGUUCUACACGGACAAUAUCUAAUAAGUUACUAAGUGGCCCAUUUAUUGCAUAGACUUGGGAAAAAAGUAGUGUAACCACUAAUAUUGGUGAUUGCCUGCAGUUCGAAAUAAAGUGCACUCGCCUUGCAUGCCUUUUGUUGAAGCUGAGAAUGAAGCACACAGGAGUUAUCUGACCUCGGUAACAGUUGACUUAACAGGGCUAGUUUCAGAUCUCAGCCUGAGUUUAUCUGACCCAUUAUCACUCGUAUCGAUUAUUCUGCUUGAGCUUUCAGCAAGAUAAGUGAAGCAAAUGCCGUGGCAUCUGCUGAAUGGCAUGGCUGUAAUCUUGGUCGAUUCUCGUAACGCAGCACUGGCAAUGGUAGCUUCGUAGCAGAAAGAAGCUUUGGAAAUGCAUUCGGCAGUGCUGUACAUUCAGUGCCUAUGAAGUUUCCUUGGCUGCCACAUCUGCCUAAAAAAAAAAAAAAAAAGAAAUGUAGGUGGAAGUUGUCGGAUACAGAGUGAUUGUAACUUUGACUUGUCUGUGAAUGAUUCUUGCCAGUGCUUCGUCUUUACCUUCACUUCCUAAUGUGCCGUCGAUCCAACAAGCAGUAACAAUACGCCAUACUGGUAUUUGCGACACUUUUUUCUGUUUAUUUAGCAGCAUCCCUUCUUGCUCGCACUGGUCUCGUUAAGAACUUUUGUUUCGUUAGUAUGGUUCCUUGUGCAGCCAUUUUAGCGGUAUGCUGUAGACCUGUUUUCCUUCUUUGAACAUCUCGCGUCGUGCUGCCUGCUACUGCCAAAAGCUUUUUUUCUCUUCCAAUUCAGAAUGUUUUUGUGGGUGCCACGAGCAAGUGCUGUUGUUCAGGCACUUGCUGCUUGUCCUUUGGGGGUUGCCGACGAGUGUGCCUGCGUCGGAGCGUGGGAGACUGGAGAGGCCUUUAAUCCUGCCGUGUUUGGGCUCAAAGCUGCUGACCCAGUACACCUCCUUGCACGCUUUGGCAGCGAUCAGUUGCAGCAGCGCUUUGCUCCCAGAUUUGUUGCUUGUGUAUAGGAUAACCUUGAUAUAGUAAACGUGCAUACAGCAAAGCAAAGUGAACCUAUAAUGUGUUUCACUGAUGUCAGUCUGGUAAUGCAUACAACCUGAUAAAUAUGUAAUGAGACUAUAUUAAAGUUAGAUGCAGCUUUUUUUUAUGCUGAUGCUAAAGUUUGUGCUACUUAAGCCACUUUUGGAACUUGUCUCCAAGAAGCAAGAAGAAAAGCAACAGUUAGGGGCCAGAAGUGCAGUCUGUCAUCUGCGAGCAAAGCCUCGAAGGUCACCCUAACAUUUGGGCACCUCAUAACAAUGUAUUCGUUGACCACUGCCGCUGCUGAUCGUUUCUGUGUGUGUGCGGGGGAGCUGGGGCAGAGAAAAAAAAAGUGCCUUUGUCUGCCAAAAUACUGUGAUUUGUGUGAAAAAACUAUUUUGAAAUGCCAACAAGUUGUGACCGAGCGAACGAAGUUCAUUGUGUGAAGUCCAUUCCAAGAAGCAUUGCAUCACUUGUGUAGGUGCAGUGAUCAUUACAAACUGUUCUCCAUCGAGGAGGCAUGUGUAAUUUUUUUUUUUUCACCCAUUCUGAGGAGUGCGUCUUUUUAAGAAGUGCACGACGCCUUUUCUGUUUUUCUAGGACAAGUGUGUGUGUGUUUAAUGCGAUGUAUAAAGUGUAUCAUAAUAUACACAAUAUUAACUUUCUUUCUUCCAGAAGUGCAUAUGUGUAGUGUGAUGCAAAAGUGUGAUAUUUAUUACAAAAUCCCCUGCUUGUAAAGUGCUUACUAGUAAUAUACCAUUCUCGAAAUUAAAGUGAAGUAUAGCACUGAAUACGAAGCAGCCUGAAUUUUCUAGAAAGAGUGAAAAAAAAAAAACUGAGAAAGCUACAUUUCAAGACAUGGUAUGUGAGACUUAAGCAAACGUGUUUUCAGUUGUUUAUAAAUCUGUCCACUUUCUUGUAGUUUUUCUCACGGCUUUUCUUUCUUUUUGUAGUACCAUUGUUGUCACAACCAUGUGCUUUUUGCUGGUGCGUGCUUGUCCUAGAGUGUGUGUAAUAGUCUAGUCCCAGGAAAUCCAGCUACGACUUUGAUUUAAAACACUUUGUGUAAUGCUUGCAACUUUGUGUGGUUGCACAUUUCCUCUUCAUUUGCAGUAAAGCUUUCCUGUAACAACGUAGAAGACUGAGUUGAAAUUUGUAAAGUCCAUCACUUAUAUAUCAUUUUACAAGUGGAGGAGGGGGGAUCGGGGCUGCCAUUUUAGGCUGUAGCCUUGCCAUAUUGUAUCCUUUAACAACUAAAUGAACAGUGCUAUCGUGGGUGCAUGUUUAUGACGAUGGUUGCAUUUGUUCAUUUCAUGAUCUUAUUAAAUUCAUAAAAAAAAAGAAAACUUUAAUUUCAACAGCCCAAGAUGGUGGUGCCUAAGUGUCUUACGUAAAGUCGUCUGUACUAUCUGUUGUCCACCCUUACAGACCUGAUGCGAAAUCCCACCGAUCACUGCUGAAAAUUGUGUGAUAUCGAUUUUCUGCUGCCUCUUUACUGCAUUCUUAGCUGUAGAAAUUCAUCAAUCUCUUACAUCAUCGGGUGUGCAGAAGUGUCAGUGCAAUGGGUCUUCUGAAUGCACAAUACGAAAAGUUUGCAGUGCACUGCUGUUGCCUCCACAAACUGCCUAUCCUUUUGCAAUCACCAUGCAAGAUAUAAUUCAUAUUUUUAACUGUGUGUUUCAUAUCCAGUUAUAACGAUAUACCGGGCCUUGUGGCUUGUCCAAUUUGUAAGAGGAGUGGCUUCCUCCAAGCCUAUAACAAAGGUUGGAUAAAAGUGGAUUAUAAUGUGAUACACAACCCCAAUGAGAAAGACCACCUGGCUUCGCAUGCGGUUUUUCGUUGCGGCUGCAGCUUGAACUAAGUAUCUUAAAGCGAUGUACCUUCACACAGAGCACUCUACCUUUCAUAUUUCUUUCAUACAUACAUACAUACAUACAUACAUACAUACAAACAAGGACAGAGGAAAAAAGAGGCACACAAUACUUCUAUGUCGAUGUAUGUUUGGGACUGAAGCUUUUCAAUUAUGAAUUGCCGCAAACAUGCCCAAGUUUUCCUUCUGGUUUCUGUGUUACACGAUAACAAACUUGAACCUCAACUAAUGUACAGAAUCUUGGUUCCACAAUGCGCUAAGCGAGUGUAGCGGCGAGGUUACAGCAACAGUGUGUGGCACAUUGCAGUGCAGCCGGUUAGGCACAUCAGUGGUAGCCGAUUGCUUGCAGGAGUGUCGCAUUGCUUCACCACUAGCACUACUACAUUUCAGCCUGAUUAGGUGGAAUGCAAAUAAAUGGUCACUAUGAAAUAAAUGGUCACUAUGGGUUCAUA